AAAAAAAAAAAAAAAAAAAAACCCUACUGAGCUUGAUUGCUGAAGCAAGUGAAAUGGAUAAGAUUCUGGAUUGCUUCGACAAAUCGAUCAACUGCAACUGCCUACCAUGAAGAUCAAAUAAUCGGAGGAAAAGUCAAGGAGAGGAGAGAGAGAAUCGGAGAGAUGGUAGGACCAGUGAGGCCAUUGUUCGUGCUGUUUGGAUCAUCUAUUGUUCAGAUCAGCUUCUGCAAUGGAGGCUGGGGUGCUAUCCUCUCCGAAAUCUACGCUCGUAAAGCUGAUAUAAUUACCAGAGGCUACUUCGGUUGGAAUUCACGACGAGCUCUCCAAAUCCUUGAUCAAGUUUUCCCAAAAGAAGCUGAAAUUCAGCCAUCGUUGGUGAUUGUGUAUUUUGGUGGCAAUGAUUCCACGGGACCUCAUUCAUCCGGAAGAGGUCCUCACGUCCCUCUUCCAGAAUACAUUGAGAACAUGAAGAAAAUCGGAACCUAUCUCAAGAGCCUCUCAGACAAAACUCGUGUAAUAUUUCUUACUUGUCCUCCUAUCAAUGAAGCCAAGGUUCGUAUCAGCAGUGUAUAUUUCAGUGAGCUGGUCCGGACAAAUGAGCUAUGUCGCACAUAUUCCGCAGCUCUUAUGGAGCUGUGCAAGGAGUUGGGUAUAAAUGCAAUCGAUCUUUUUACUGUAAUCCAGAAACGAGAAGAUUGGCAAGAAGCUUGCCUCAUAGAAGAUGGAAUUCACUUGUCCGCGGAGGGCAGUAAGAUAGUCGCGGAGGAAAUACUUAAGGUGAUCAAGGAAGCCGAGUGGGAGCCUAGUCUGCAUUGGAAAUCAAUCGCUACUGAAUAUUCGGAGGACUCGCCUUACGAUCUCGUUGCAGCUGAUGGAGAAAGAACCUUGAAUCCCUCAGCAUGGACUUACUACAGAGAAACCCAAUGGGAGUAAGUCUUGGCCUCACUGCUACUAGGAUCAUUACUAUGAGUUACCCAAAUAUGCAAUAGGGUCAAUUAUUUGAGGUUGUAAAACUCCUUCAAGUAUAUAUGAUCAGUGUGUGUUUAAUGGCUGAAAAUAUUAUGUAACAUAUUACUGUACUACUAUUAGAGUUCUUUCUAAAUA